UUAAAAUUAGGCUCAGAAGGUAAGGCUCGCUGCUUCGCAUGCUAUCAGAGCAUUUAUUCUCAGACCUGUACUCCAGUACUCUUAUCUCGAUUGCAACAUAAGGCUUAUCUGAUGGCUAAGUAACCGCCGCAUCAAGAACAUCGACACGCGUGCUGGGCCAGAAGGUCAUUGGCGAGCACAAGUUCACACAGCGAGCUCGACGGACACCUCCACGGGUUUUGCACGCUUCACGUAAGGAGUUCCUGCACUAGCGUGUCGUCUGGAUACAGUUUUCAUUGGCAAAUCAUCCGAGAUGGACAUUUUGCACACGACCUUUUGCUUUCGGGCCGUGCGGCGCGCUACACCUGUUGCCGCUUCGCUAGACAAAUCGCAGGUAGCGUGGCUGUCAAGCUAGCAGAACUGUGACACUUCCAGCACCGACCACCUUUGUUCGUUCCUUCCUUCCUUCAAUCAUGUCGUCCAGUAGCCAGCGGCAUCUGACAGAUGAGGAACCGUCGGGCUGUCUCAGCCCCAAGAGCUCUGACGCUGGUGUCUUCACGGCUGUCGACUUAGGGUCGGCUACUCCCCGGUCCCUCGGCGUCGGGGAUGCCCUGGAGGAGAUGCCAGACAAGGCUCGUCGUGGCAUCCACAAUGAAGCCGCCAGCGGUGGUGAUCAGCAAGGCAGGAGGCGAGCGGGAGAGAAAGUCACUUUCGUCUUCGACAACACUAACAACAUAGUCACGUUUGAAAGACCUGUGCAUGAUGGCAUACAAACAGAUGGGCAUGGUGGCAUGGCAGAGAAUGGCCAAGCAUUCAUUGGAAGAAGUCACUGUCACACAUGGCCAGAAGAAUCACGCCUGGACAAGAAAGCAAGGCGAAGGCUGAUUAUAGCAAGUUUGCUCUGUCUAACCUUCAUGAUUGCAGAGGUUGUUGGUGGGUUCCUUGCACACAGUCUGGCUGUGAUGUCUGAUGCAGCACACCUUCUGACUGAUUUUGCCAGCUUCAUGAUUAGUCUGAUGGCACUGUAUCUAGUGAGUCGACCCUCCACUAAGCGACUCAGUUUUGGCUGGUACAGAGCAGAAAUUCUUGGUGCACUGGUUUCUAUCUUAAUGCUGUGGGUGAUAACUGGAGUGCUGGUGUACUCUGGUGUUCAGCGUAUAGAAAGUGGUGACUAUGAGAUCAAUGCUACAAUUAUGCUCAUUACCUCAGGAACUGGAGUGUUUUUCAACAUUGUUCUGGCAGUCUCAUUGCACCAGCACGACCAUGGUCACGGGCACAGUCACAGUCAUGGUCAUGGUCACAGUCACGGCAGUUCCGACAGCAUCGUCUCUAAGCCCAAUUCACCUCUGUUGCCAUCAGAAAAUGGUGGCACCAGUGUAAGCCAGUACGGCAGCAUGAGGAGUACAGAUGGUGUCCAAGACCAAGCAUCAACAAUCCAAAAAUCAAAAAAGAAAGCUUCAAACAUCAAUGUCCAGGCUGCCUUCAUCCAUGUUAUCGGAGAUCUAUGUCAGAGUGUGGGAGUCCUAGUGGCUGCCUUUAUUAUCUAUUUUAAGCCUGAAUGGAAAAUUGCAGACCCCAUCUGCACAUUCCUAUUCUCAGUCUUUGUCCUCAUCACCACCCUUAGCAUCAUGCGCGAUAUCCUCGUAGUACUCAUGGAAGGAACCCCAAGAAAUUUAAGUUUUGAAGAAGUAAGAGCCACAUUCUUAAAUUUGGAGGGUGUCCAAGACCUGCAUGAUUUAAGACUUUGGUCUCUCACAAUGAGCAAGACAGCUCUUUCUGUCCAUCUUGUUGUCCAAAAAGGGGUGGAUCCUCUGCAAGUUGUACAGGCUGCCUCAUUUUUGAUUCAACAAAAGUUCAACAUAAGCCAGACCACCAUGCAAGUAGAGGAGUAUGUGGAGGAAAUGGAUAGCUGCUCACAGUGCCAGGAUUUGAAAGACUAAACAAGCAAGACCCAAAUGGCAGCCUUCCAUCCUUCACCUUGUAGAUUUCAUCUUACUUUCCUGUAUGGCAGCCUUUCGUCUUUCACCUUAUAGAUUUCAUCUUACUUUACUGGACAUAUUUCACAGCACCAGCAUCUCCUUCCCUUUUUUUUCCAAAUGUUAUAGACAUAAUAUAUUUGUAAAUAUAGUUUUGAAUACUUUUCUUUAGAUCUCAUCAGAUCUAUCAUGUUAGUUUUCUUCUCAUUUUUGCUGUAUUUGUCAGAAUGUUUCUGGAGUUGAAAUAUAAGCUGCAAUUGCAACUGAUGGAAAGGAAGAGUUGCAUUAAAAUAAAAAAUGACAUUUUAUUAAUAUUUUUGGUUAUACUACAUUGGUCAUAAACUAUUGCAUGUUGUACUACAGACAUACCACGUUUUCUAAUUAAUAAGUGUUAGCACUUGAAUAGUAUUCCAUUUUGAGCAACCAGAAAAUUAUAAUAAUUAUCUGGGAUGGAGAGGGAGUGUCAGUAUACUCUACCUCGCAUCAAGUGUUUUAAUGUUAAUAUAUGAUGAUGAAAGUAAGAUGGCCCAAAGGAAAAUUUGUAUUAAACAGCACAAAAAGAAAUGUUGUCAGCAGUCUUUUAAAUGUUAUAUGAGUUGGAAGGUAGGACUAUUCAUGAGGGCUGGGGGCAUGUGACAAUGAAGGAAUAUGGUAUAUUUGGGUGCGUGUGAAUUUUUUAAGUUAUUCUAGCUGAAUCAUGAUAAUGUUUACAAUUCAAUACUUUUUCCAUAGUAUAAAUACAUUUCAGCAAAAACUUAUGAAAUGUAUCUCUGCUGACCUGCAUUUUAGUAUUUUGUGAAUAGCAUCUGUACACAUUUUCCUUCCGGUUAUAGAAGGAAUGUUAGUUUAUUCUUUGUUGCUCCUUUGAGGAGCAUAGGGCCACUAGAAGGAAUGUACUUCUGUGAUAAGAAAUAUGUUAAUGCAUGCAUGUAUUGCCAUGCAUGAAAAAAGAAAUGGAUCUGCAAGUUUCAUUGCAAUAUUUAGCAGCAGUAAUGAAAAUGACUAUAAGGGCUUCAUACACUCCAUGGGUUGUUGCAGUUAAAUGUAAAUAUGCAAUUGUUUUAAAAGUCUAUUUUUGUACCCUGUGGAAUGUUGAUAUGAGUGAAGAUUUUCCUAUGCAAAGUAUGUGCAAUUUUUACAUCAGCACCUUUUGUCAGUGAAUGGCAAGGUUUCAUUUUUAAGAACUAUUCUUAAGACCUUGGUAAUAAUUUGAUCGAAUAUUCCUAAACAUUUUUAGAGAUUUUGCAUGUGCUCUAACUUGCUACGAUCUUCAUUCUGUAUAUAAAAUUAAAUCUACUUUGGCCUUAAACCGUACAAUAAUCUAAAACAUUUUUUAUGCAAUGUAUGUGUAUUGAAAAUUAGUGUUUUCGAUUCCAUUUGUUCUGUGAUCAUGCUCAAGAAAAAAAAUAAAAAGAUUGUUUUAUAAGCGUGA